AACCCAAACGUAAGUGUAUUUCAGAGAAAAUUUGUGAAUGAAGUAAAGAAGUGUGAAGAAAUGGAAAGAAUACUUGGGUAUUUAGUACAAGAAAUUAAAAAGGCGGAUAUUCCACUUCCUGAAGGAGAUGUUGCUCCUCCUGCCCCCUUGCUGAAACACAUUUUAGAAAUCCAGGAACAGUUGCAGAAGCUGGAGACAGAAUUGAGGGAAGUAACUAAAAACAAAGAAAAGUUGAGGAAAAACCUGCUUGAACUGACAGAAUACACAUGCAUGUUAGAGGUCACACAGAGAUUUGUCAGGAGAACAGCUGAGUAUGAAUCUCAUUUACAUGCAAAUUAUGAAGAAUUUCCGUCUGUGGAAAAUGAGCCAUUAGUGGAUUACAACUGUAUGCACAGACUGGGUGCCAAGCUGGGAUUCAUAUCUGGGUUAGUUCACAUAGCAAAAGUUGAAGCAUUUGAAAAAAUGCUGUGGAGAGUCUGUAAAGGCUAUACUAUUCUUACAUAUGCAGAGCUGGAUGAGUGUCUGGAAGAUCCUGAUACAGGCGAAACCACAAAAUGGUUUGUUUUUUUAGUGUCCUAUUGGGGUGAACAAAUUGGACAGAAAGUUAAGAAGAUUUGUGACUGCUAUCACUGUCAUGUGUAUCCAUAUCCAAAUAACAUGGAGGAGCGCAAGGCAGUUAUUGAAGGACUAAAUGUUCGUAUUCACGAUCUUCAUACUGUGCUGCAUAAAACUGAGGAUUACUUACGCCAGGUCUUGUGUAAAGCAUCUGAAUCCAUCUAUACAUGGGUUAUCCAAGUGAAGAAGAUGAAAGCCAUUUAUCAUGUACUCAACCUGUGCAGUUUUGAUGUCACAAACAAAUGUUUAAUUGCUGAGGUUUGGUGUCCAGUGGCUGAUCUGCAAAAUUUGCGCCAUGCGUUGGAGGAAGGUUCAAGGAAGAGUGGAGCUACAAUUUCUUCAUUCAUGAAUACCAUCCCAACAACACAACCUCCUCCAACUUUGAUACGUACCAAUAAAUUCACCUCAGGGUUCCAAAACAUUGUUGAUGCUUAUGGAGUUGGAAACUAUGGGGAAGUUAAUCCAGCUCUCUAUACCAUCAUCACUUUUCCCUUCUUGUUUGCGGUUAUGUUUGGAGACUUUGGGCAUGGUCUACUAAUGUUCAUAUUUGCACUCCUGGCAAUACUGUAUGAAAACCACCCUAGGUUACAAAGAUCACAAGAUGAGAUAAUGAAAAUGUUAUUUGAAGGCCGAUAUGUUAUUUUAUUAAUGGGUCUGUUUUCUGUGUACACUGGAUUGAUCUAUAAUGACUGUUUUUCAAAGUCGUUAAAUAUAUUUGGUUCUGGAUGGAAUGUUUCAGCAAUGUUUGAACAGCAGGUUUGGCGUCUUGAGGAUCUAAAGUCUAAUCAAUUUUUAACACUGGAUCCAAAUGUUUCUGGUGUAUACAAUGGAGCUUAUCCCUUUGGAAUUGAUCCGAUAUGGAAUUUGGCAAGCAACCGUCUCAGUUUUUUAAAUUCUUUCAAAAUGAAAAUGUCUGUGAUUUUUGGAGUGACUCACAUGACGUUUGGAGUUGUAUUGGGGGUAUUUAACCACUUACAUUUCAAGAAGAAGUAUAAUAUCUAUUUGGUUUUUCUUCCUGAACUUUUAUUCAUGAUGUGCAUCUUCGGCUACCUUGUGUUUAUGAUCUUCUUUAAAUGGUUAGCAUACUCUGUAGAGGAGUCUACAUCUGCUCCUAGCAUUCUGAUUCAAUUUAUUAACAUGUUCCUGUUUCCUGGUGGUGAAACAGAGGUCUUCUACAGCGGACAGGUUGCUCUGCAGAGGUUUUUACUUAGUAUUGCUUUUCUUUCUGUUCCUGUAAUGCUUUUUGGUAAACCACUUUAUUUAUAUUGGUUGCACAGUGGAGGCCGAGGCAUUAGAAUGUACAGGAGCGGCUACAAGCUAAUUCGAAAAGAAAGUGAGGAAGAACUUUCUCUGCUGAGAUGUCAUGAUGUAGAAGAAGGAAGCAGUCAUUCCGACAGUGGGCACAGAGAGGUGGAUGGAGAGGAGCUUAAUUUUGCAGAUGUUUUUAUGAAUCAAGCAAUUCACACCAUUGAAUACUGUCUAGGAUGUAUUUCUAAUACAGCCUCAUAUCUGAGACUCUGGGCAUUAAGUCUUGCUCAUGCACAGUUGUCAGAAGUUCUGUGGCAGAUGGUGAUGAGAGUGGGUCUUCGUGUGGAUACAACAUAUGGUGUCUUACUGCUAGUCCCUGUUCUAGCCUUUUUUGCUGUGCUAACAGUUUUUAUUCUUUUGGUCAUGGAGGGGCUUUCUGCUUUUCUCCAUGCUAUACGACUUCACUGGGUGGAAUUUCAGAACAAAUUCUACUCUGGUGGAGGAUACAAGUUUACGCCUUUCUCUUUUAAGCACAUUUCUUUACAUUUUAAUAAAGAUGAUACGGCAUAGUUUGGUUGCUGUCAGCAGAAAUGUUUGGAAUUGUCUGCAAAGAAUGACGUGAUUGGAUCUCACUUCUGAAUGGUUUCUUACAGGAAAAAGUGUUUUUCACUGAUUGCCUUAUAAUGCAGCCAAAUAAUUCUGUAAUAUAUACCUCCCAUAGAAAUACAGAGCAGAUCUGGAGCAUCUUGUAAAGCAUACAGAUACAAAAUGUACAUUUUUCUUGAUAGACUAAUGUUGUAAAUUAAUUUUAUUCUUAAAAAAAAAA